UAAAAGUUUCAAACUUGCGCAACCACAAGACUGUACCCGAGUCUUCCACCGACACAGCUAAAUUGCAUUAUAUCCAAAAUGCCGGAACGCAGGAAAAAGCGCACCAUGACCCCGGCUAACGGGGGCUUGAAGAAGGCAGGCGACGGCGCACCAAAGAGCAUGGUGAUUCGCAUUGGCGCUGGCGAGGUCGGGAGUAGCGUGAGCCAGUUGGUCAAGGAUGUGAGGCAUGUCAUGGAGCCUGGAACGGCAAGUCGUUUGAAGGAACGCCGCGCAAACAAAUUGCGCGACUACACAACGAUGUGCGGACCUUUAGGCGUCUCACAUCUACUCCUCUUCUCGCGAUCGUCUAAUAACAAUACAAACAUGCGACUAGCGCGCACACCGCGAGGACCAACACUGCACUUCAGGGUAGAAAAGUACUCGCUAUGUAAGGAUAUCAUAAAGGCACAAAAGCACCCGCGAACAGCAGGGCCAAAUGACUUCCUUACAGCGCCACUACUUGUUAUGAAUAACUUUCUCUCUCCUGAAACGACUACCAAUCCCUCCGUACCGCGUCACCUCGAGCGCCUCGUCACCGAAAUGUUUCAGUCUCUCUUUCCCCCAAUCGCGCCGCAAAAUACACCCCUAUCUUCGAUCCGCCGAGUCCUCUUGUUGAAUCGCGAGCCUUCACCUGAAGAUGAUGGUACAUACAUAAUCAGUCUGCGACACUAUGCCAUAACUACAAAGCAGACCGGCCUUUCCAAAGCUAUAAAGCGCUUAAAUGCAGCCAAAAAUUUGAAGAGGUCGCAAGAGAAAAAAAAGAAGGGUCUACCAAAUCUAGGGAAUCUGGAGGAUGUAGCAGAUUUCAUGCUGGAUCCGUCGGGAGCAGGGUAUACGUCAGCUUCGGACACCGAAAUCGAGACGGACGCAGAGGUCGAAGUCUUGUCGAAUGUGACAAAGAAGGUGCUGAACAGGCGAGACCUACAAAAGCAACGGGAGCAACUGGCGGCAGAGGAGAAUCCACAAUUGCGUCGCGUGCAAAGCCAGGUCGAACGACGGGCUGUAAAACUUAUUGAACUAGGUCCGCGAAUGAGGCUUCGACUGACAAAGGUCGAGGACGAUAUGUGUACCGGAAAGGUGCUCUGGCAUGAGUACAUUGAGAAGUCGAGGGAGGAGAUUCAAAAGAUGGACAAACUAUGGGAGAAGCGCCACGAAGAGAAGGCAGAGCGGAAGAGGAUACAAAAAGAAAACAUCGAACGGAAAAAGAAGGAGAGAGGUGCAAAGGGGAAGGAUAACACGGAGGAUCAAGACGAGGACAUGCAGGAUUAUGAUCCAGAUCUGGAUGACGACGAGUGGGAUGAGGAUGCGGGGGGCGUGGAAUUGGAGGAGGAGGAGGAGGAGGAGGAGGAGGAGGAGGAGGAUGACGUUACAGACGUAGACGAGAAUGAAGACGAGGCUUAAUGACCAUCGUUGGAGUUGUAUAAAUGCAAACACCGUUCUGUCAUGAUUCAAGCAUCCUCGAUGGAUUGUGGCAAAGGCCUGGUGUUCUCUAUCAGCCGAUUUCUCAUAGAGGUGCGUCGGCUUUGACCGUGGCCUAGACUUACGGUAUUUUGUCAACCGAGAGAGUAUUAUUCGAUGGACAUUGCAGAACAUGGUCCAUGUAGCAGUGCUAGGCGAUACCGGGUCAUCUGCUCACUUCGCCUUAGGACGC